AUGUCCGAGUCAAGGACCAUCAAUCUCCCCAUUCCUCCACUCCCUGCCUCCACGUCACCAACGCUACAGACGCAGAUUCAGCAGGUGAUAGCUCAGAAAGGUCAUUUCCACAAAGUGACCGAAAAAUCUCUCCGUGCCGAAAUCGAUGGUCAGGCAGAGUCCAAGCUUGUCACAGAUUCUCUCCAAAAGGACGACCAAGCGAAGGAGGAUGAAUCACCUCAGGCUCGACAAGAGCGUAUUUGGAAAUCCCGGGAGCAGAUGAUGGGCCAACUAAAUUAUGCUCAGAAUGAGAUCUUAUGCGCACUUGACUUUGUAUCUUUGCUGAUCUCCAAACAAUCUACCCCGGCUCAGACGUCCAUGUCGCCGGCCCUAAAAGAGGCAGUACCAAUUGGUACGCUUGCUAGCCACCUGAUCCAGCCCAAACCGCCUUCGGCAUCCGCCCGAAAACAACUUAACUUGGUCUCUCAGGGUUGGAGAUGUGAAGGUUUCAAGGCCGCCUCACAAAAACUGGCAUCGGCCUCAGCCGCUCUGGGAGCUGAUAGUGACCGCGAAUCUACUUACUGGGCACAGGUCGCUGAUCUAAAGGCCCGAGGGUGGCCAGUUAGCAGACUGCCUCGAGAUAACAAGGCUAUCGGCGUUCAUUUUGGCUUCUCAGAAGCUGCACCACAAUUCCGUGACCGGGGUUUUGGCCUUCUACGACAGGCUGACGACGGGUCCAUCUAUCUUGACACUCAUGCCAAAUCAACCCGACAGGGGCGGCUUGCAGUUUAUAUAGUUCGAAAGGGCCACAUUACAGGUGCUUUCUUGCCCCAGCCCAUCACUCAUGGAGAUUCCGCCUCAAUCGAAGCGCAGAUUACCGAAGCUCGUGAUUCAUUGUUUGACCAAGAGUUGUUUCACGAGAUUACCCGAGAAGCUCGUCUGAUGGCCAAUCAAGGAGUUGUCCGACGUGCACAGUCAGUCGAAAUUGCUGUGGGCUCUCAACUCCAAAUACGGUUGACCCUUGACGAUGGGCAAAAGAAGACAGGAGCCCUGGACGCGGAAGAUGAGGACAUUGCGCAGUUCCUUGGAAUGUCCCUACGACUUCUGCUCGCCGCAGCCCACCAACAGAACCUAGCAAGGAGAUCGCAACGACCGCCUGUCAUGGUAGCUAAGCCACGGCCGACUCCGGAGUAUGCCCUCCUUCGUCCUAUCCUUGCACACUUACGACACAAAGCGGCAGUGGACGCGUUGAUGUCGGAGUGCCACAAGAUUGUCCAUGUCUUAACCAAAGCUGGCUUGCCCGCCGAGAUGAGUCCCGGUCAAGCCACUGACACAGUCUUCGAGUCCUUGAAGACUGAAACAUCCUCCUCCAUUUUGCCUAGUCUUCUGCUACCCGCCAAAACUGCCUUGAAACUCAGCUUGGGAGACUUUGCUCAACUAGAUGUCGGCAUUGCAACGUUCUUGGGGCCCCCUUUAUUUGGGACACGAUAUGAGACUUCAGAAAUUGACUUUGGCUUUUCGUCGGUUCCAAAGUCGCAGCACGAGACGUUGGAAUCAACGACCGUCUUCAUUCGAAGGAUACUCCUCCUUGGCUUGGUAACUCGUGCGAAGCAACUUGCCUCCGAAAAUACGCAACCUCAGGCCGCAGUGUGGUCGGUUUCAAGUCCAUAUAACGGUGAAUUGACUAGGUACGAGUCCGGGGAGGCCGUGCAAAAGUUGCAAAUCGCUUUUCUGGGCCAGUCAAUUAGCAUGCGUUGGAUCUCAGAUCUCAGAUCAUCCCCUAAGGUGCACCAAUUCUGGUCGUGGAAUGCGACAGGAUGUUCACACGCUGGGGGUACGGACGUUACAUUCAGAGCUGAUCAGAAGUUUGAUGAAAUAAUAUCGAGCAUCUUUGCGGAAAGCGCAUGA